AUGGCCGACGCAAAGCUGCUUGACAGCGAACAAAGCUUCCAGACAUUCUCUAAUAUUAUCGACUCUCGACUUCUUAGAGCACUUGCUGACUUGGGAUUUGCACGACCGACACUCGUACAAAGCAAAGCUAUUCCGCUUGCGCUUGAAGGCAGGGAUAUUCUGGCUCGUGCAAGGACGGGGAGUGGGAAGACGGCUGCGUAUUGCAUACCGGUUGCACAAAAGAUCUUGAACAGUAAAACCAUAGCAAAUGCACAGCAGGCCGCUAGAGCGGUUAUUCUGGUUCCCACUCGAGAACUGGCUGAUCAGGUAACGAAGCACUUGAAAGGCCUACUGGCAUAUUGCGACAAGGACAUUAAAGCUGUGAACAUCGCGGGCGGGGCAUCAGGCUAUACUCAAAAGCUGGUCAUAGCUGAGAAGCCUGACUUGAUUGUUGCUACUCCGUCCAGGCUCCUUGCUUUACUCCGAGUCAAGGCCUUGUCGUUAUCGUCGCUAGAAUCCCUGGUCAUUGACGAAGCUGAUCUUAUCCUCUCUUAUGGCCACGACGAAGAUGUAAAGCAAAUCCUAUCAGGAGGGCACCUUCCCAAGUUGUAUCAAACAUUUUUGAUGAGCGCAACGAUGACCAAGGAUGUCGAGACGCUAAAAGGGAUAGCAUUGAGGAAUCCGGCUAUAUUGAAGUUGGAAGAGGAUAAAGAUGAAGCUGCUAAUCUAACCCAAUAUGCUGUGAAGUGUUCCGAAGUUGACAAGUUUCUCCUGACCUACGUCAUCCUGAAGCUCAAACUCGUCAAAGGCAAAUGUUUAAUAUUCGUAAAUGAUGUCGAUCGUGGGUACCGUGUAAAAUUGUUCCUUGAGCAAUUUUCGAUAAAGAGUUGCGUGCUCAACUCCGAGCUACCCUUAAACAGCAGAUUCCAUAUCGUGCAAGAGUUCAAUAAAGGGGUGUACGAUUAUAUCAUUGCAACCGACGAAACUGGUGGGAAACAUGAAGACCAGGACACUGAUGAUGAGAAAGAAGCCGAGGAGGAAGAAGUAGGCUCUGAGGCUGAGGCCGAAGGAGGUGAAGAUCUAAUUACCACGGAACCUACCGAAGCUGGUGAAGCUGGACCCUCGAAUCCUCCCCCCAAGCGCAAGCGUGCACCUCCUCAGCCGGAGUUUCAAAAACCUUCUAAAAAGCACCGCACAGCCAAGAAAGAUAAAGAGUUCGGAGUCUCGCGUGGAAUCGAUUUUGUCGACGUUGCAUGUGUCCUCAAUUUUGACCUCCCUCGAUCAUCUCGAGCUUAUACCCAUCGUGUUGGCCGGACUGCACGGGCAGGCAGGUCUGGGAUGGCAUUGUCAUUCGUGGUCCCCAAGGAAGAGUUUGGGAAAGACAAAGUUCUGAGUUGUGCGAGUUCUGAGCGGGACGAGAUUGUAUUUGCCAGGAUCGAGAAGGAACAGGGAGCAAGGGGCAGUAAAGUGAAGGACUACGUAUUCGACAUGGCACAGGUAGAAGCAUUUAGGUAUCGAAUGGAGGAUGCAUUGAGGGCUGUGACCAAAUCGGCCGUGAGGGAAGCGAGGGUCAAGGAGUUGAAAACUGAGCUACUCAACUCGGAAAAAUUAAAAACCCACUUUGAAGAAAAUCCCCUUGACCUCGAGUACAUUCGACACGAUAAAUCCUUACAUCCUACUAGAGUUCAAGCGCAUAUGAAGCAUGUUCCCAAGUACCUUAUGCCGAGAAUUGCGUCUGUAGCCGAGGAACCAGCCAAGGACGUUGGGUUUGUCCCAUUCACAAAAUCGGGAUCUCGCGGCCGAGGAAGAGGAAGAGGAAGGGGAAGGGGCGGUAGUAGUGGGAGAGGCGGGAAGAAAAAAAGUGACCCACUUAAAAAGUUUGGCCGGUAG